AUUCUAAAAAUUAAAAGGCCAGCUUCUGAGUGCCUGUCCGAGUUUUAUCGAGUCAUAAUGAUUUGAGACGGGUGAGUCAAUAGGACAGCUCAACUCGUUCACUGUUCAAAUCGUGGGUUUUUUUUUUUUUUUCAAGGUACAGUUUGACUGAAACUAUCAGCGGAGGAAGAAGUAACUGGGGAGAAACAGAUCUGAAAGCAAAGAAAUUCUCUUUCAAUUGCAGGUCUUAUCAUCAUAUCAUGAUUUAAUUGACCAUAUCUCAUACUAUACCCACAAAUACUAAAAGCCCAAAAUCCCCAAAAUGCCUAGACCUUAUUUCUACAAGCUAAUUCUCCCCAAUACUAUUAGAGACAAGAAACUGAGGAUCCCUGAUAAUUUUGUUAAAAAAUUUGGACAUGAUUUAUCUGCAUUUGGGACACUUAGUGUUCCUGGUGGUCCUGUGUGGCGUGUAGGAUUAAUAAAAGCUGAUGAUAAAUUUUGGUUUCAUGAAGGAUGGCCAGAAUUUAUGGACAGUUAUUCAAUACGCGUAGGGUACUUUUUGGUCUUCAGAUAUGAAGGGCAUGCAGUUUUCUCUGUUCAUAUAUUCAAUUUGUCUGCUUCUGAGAUAAACUAUCAAUCUAAUGCUCCAAGUGGCAGAAGAUAUCUUGCGUUUGAAGAGAUGGAAGAUGAUGACUUCAUUGAAUACUUGAGCUCCUCAUCUCCAUGCUUAGUUCCUAAUUCUUUGAAAAGUAAGGUUUUUUAUGAACAUCUUGGUCAAAUGACAAUUAACAAAAGUUACAAUCCGCCAGCAUUGCAGAAUUUGUUCCAUGAGUCUAAACUUAACUACAUAAAUUGGUCUGGUGAAGGGAACCUGCACUUAUCAAAGGAUGCUAGUAUCUCCAGUAUCUCACAUGUGGCAAAUCAAGGUACACGAGAUGUUGGUGUUCAAUUUAAUGCAAUCGAGCUGAAAAAUUAUGCAGAUGAUGUGAAAUUUUAUACUCCAGACGGAGAAAUACAAAAGCCUAAAAUACCUGGAAGGAAGAAGCGGAAAAUUGAUCCCAAUGAUUUGCAGCCAUCAGCUCUUCAAGAAGAUGAAGUUGAAAUGCGCUUUAGAUUUUAUGAGAGUUCUUCUGCAAGAAAGCGAACUGUGACUGCUGAAGAAAGAGAAAGGGCAAUAAAUGCAGCCAAAGCUUUUGAGCCUAUUAAUCCUUUUUGUAGGGUUGUCCUGCGACCAUCUUACCUAUACAGGGGUUGCAUUAUGUAUUUGCCUUCUUGCUUUGCUGAGAAGAAUUUAAAUGGGGUAUCAGGGUUUAUUAAACUCCAGUUUUCUGAUGGGAAACAAUGGCCUGUCCGAUGCCUAUAUAGGGGAGGUAGAGCUAAAUUAAGCCAAGGGUGGUAUGAAUUCACAUUGGAGAAUAAUUUGGGGGAAGGAGAUGUUUGUAUCUUUGAGCUGAUGAGAUCAAUAGAUAUUGUGCUGAAAGUUACCGUAUUUCACGUUCUUGAAAGUGCUAGACGCAUGAUCCCAUCAUGACAAUAAAGUAUCGUGUUCACUAAACUAGACAGAAUCUGCUGGUUGGUAAUUUUGCGAACCAAGAAACUUUGUCAAGUAACUCUCUUUCUGGGUGAUUGUCAAUGCUCUGGUUUUCAUCUUAUGGUAUGCAAGUGUCGUUUGAUGUCUAUAACUUUUCAUAGCAAACUAGCGGAACUUUCCAUUGUUUAGAUGUUUCAAUAGAUAAUUUUGUGGCUUCGCUGGGGCUGUAAAUAGAAUGUACAAUCAAGUGACAUUUAACCAGACCACAACAGAUUUUAGGCA